UAUGAACCUAUCUACUAGUAUGCAGCCUCGCCGAGUUACCGAAGUCGCGAGCAGUGCUUCGAUCUCUUGCGGCGUUUAAACAUUCGGCCCCUUGAUUGAAUUCCCCUAUAAUGUCCGUUUCAACCAUAAAAGCGCUGGGUGGUGGUAUAUCUAGCACGAACACCAUUGUCUACAUCCACCAAGUUCACUGCUCGCUCACAUCCAUCUUCCAAUACUAUUUUACAGUUGCCGCCUCUGUUGGGGUGAUUUAUGAUUGUGCACUAACAUUCGGGCAAGAGGUGGAACUGUUCUGGAGGCAACGCUGGUCCCUCAUGACCAUAAUGUAUCUUAGUCUGCGCUGUCUUGGAAUAUCAUAUAUUGUGUAUGUCUGGAAGGCUAAGCCCUGGCGCCGAGCUAAUCAGUCAUCUCCUACAAUUAGCCUCAACAUUCUGAGUAUGUCUCCUCAUACACAUCCUUUAUUUCUUCUGACUAGUGGCAUACAGUAGAAGUUCCGACAAUCUCGAUGACAAAUUCGGGGUGAGUGAUAUUCCUGACUAGCUUGUCCGUCCAAUACAAUGACUGCCACAGC